AUCUAUUUAUACAUGUUAAAAACUUUCUUAUCGUGAGUGCAUAUAUUGCAUUUCGUUAAAAUCGAAUUGGGUCCAAACUUACUUUCUUGUUUCUUCUCUAAAUGUGCAAUAAAUAUUGAUUUGGGCAACAAAUAGUAGACAUUUAUAACAGCAACUAUUUAAAAGAGUGCAAGUGUGCUUACAUAAUAAUUUACAUCAGUACAAUAAUGGCAUUACCUGAAGGACUUGCAAGUAGUAUGAAGAAGUUUCAAGCACAUAAUGAUCUUCCCGUUUUUUUAAAAGGAGGUCCAGCAGAUAAGGUUUUAUUUGGUUUGACUGUGGGACUCUGCGGUUUGGGAAUGUUUGGUAUAUUGCAAAUGGUUUAUACGAUGGGUUUUAAAAAGAAAUCUGCUUAAAAUAAUUACGGCCCUUUCAAUUUAACGGGAGGUGUGGAAAAAUAAUAAUAAAUGAAAUCUACAGUAAUGAGAUGAAAUCAUUAAACAAA